AUGGAUUCCAGCCUGGAUUUCCUUUCUUGCCUUGAGAGUGGCAUUUUGAACAAUCAUGGAAGUGAAACAUCGCAAAAGUACGAUCAGCAACCUACAUUACAGUUGGCAAUUAGUGCAAUUUCAAUGGAUUCCAAGAACUCAUCCGUUAUGAGACAGUUUAACAUAGAUUACAGAACCAAAUGUAUUGAUUCUAAAUACAUGAUUAACGAAUCUAGGCAAAUAGUUUACAUUAUGCGAUUGCUUCAAAACACUAAUCACAGUAGUUUGCAAAUAUGGGACCACGUGGCGGCAGUCCACGCUAACAAAUCAAAUUUUGAGAUGGAAUCAAACGGCGUUAUCAAACUAAAGUUUAACGAAAGUGUGCCGAUUUUUCUGAAAGAAAAAUCGGAAGACUUUUUUUUGACGCAACGAAAUAUUUUUAUGCUAGAGAUCGCAUUUGCCUUCCUAACACAAUUUUGUGAUAAACCUAAAAUAAUAGGGUUUGGCGCUACACAGCUCAAAUCAAUAGAAUUGUAUGGAAAGAGAUUAACUCUUCCAUUAUUUACCGUAGAUCGUAAGAAACAGGGUUUUGUUUUCGCAACUUUGGCACUGAAAGGCGUUAAAUGGCGUGAAAUUGAUGAUAAAGAAAUGAUUGAAUGUGCUAAAAAUGAUAUAAUUCCAAUUGCAGAGUGUGACUCUAAUAUACUUUCAAAUUCAUUAUUCCAACAUGCGGAUUAUUUGAACAAUUGUAUUGUGAAUUUUGGAACCAAUAUCCACCAUCAAAGUAUUAAUGUUAAAAUUCCAGAUCCACUGGACAUGAAAAAUAAAUCGUUACAUUCCAAGAAUCUAAAUGAUUUGGAACAGGAAAAUAUUGAAAUUUCAAAUCUCAACCCUUUGAAAGAGUCGUUAGCACACGAUGAAAUUGACAAUUCAAUAACUUAUAACUCGAUUAUACAUCAUUAUUCGCCCACGAACAUCAAAAUCCAGCAUGGAAAAUCUCCAGUCAACAUUUCUAUCGCAUCGCUCAAUAGUAAAUAUAAAGGUUCAGAUAUUACUGCACCAAACCGUGAAAUUAACAGUCCCUCAAACUUUAUAAUGAUAAACAGUGGCAACAUUGAAACUCCUAGCAACUUGAUGAAGGAUUUGCUCGACAACUAUGACAAGGUCAAACAUAAUUCGGAAGCUAAGGUUUAUCUAGACAACAUGGCACUCAAGAACUAUUCCUCUUUAAUAGAAGAGUUGGUGGAGGCAUCGAAAAAUCCAAUGGCUGGCGUUUAUUCUAGCCAGUCAUGCAAAUCCCCUUCACAAGUAGAGCUAAACGGGAUAAAAAGUGUGCUAGAAUUGAAGCAGAUGCAGCGUAAGAUCUUAUCCAAGCGUGUAGAAAAUUUGCUGCUUUCCAAUGACUAUGGAAUGGGUACUAGUAAUGAUUAUACACAAGUCGCUGAUGUCAAUUGGGCUGAUCAUGUAGAUCAAUUGCUAAAAAAUGCAGGGGAGAGGCUGAACAUAUAUUUCAACGACCCUCAGUUUGUAUCACUACCAAUAUGA